AUGCGCGUGCGGCACCUGCACAGCUUCCUGCAGCAGCGGCAGCUGCUGCAGUGCAGCAGCACGGAAGAACUUGUGGGGCGGCGGCUGGGGAUCGACGGGGCUUACUUCUUGCGGUGUCUGUCCACCUGCGGGGAGGGUUUGCUGCAGCUGGCGGGGGAGACUCGUGCUGCAGUGGCAGCAGCAGCGCGGCAGCAGCUGCAGCAGCUGCAGCAGCAGCAGAUCACGCCGGUCUUCGUCUUCCGCGGCGUCGAGCCGCAGGGCCACCGCCUCUUCAUGCAGCAGGAGUCGCAGCGGGAGGUGUGGGAGCGGUACUACAGCGGGGGAGCAGCAGCAGCAGCAGCAGCAGCAGCAGCAGCAGCAGCGAACUGCUGCUGCAGCAGCCCCGCGCCGUCCACGGCGACGGGCCCCAGCACGGCCUCGGGGGGCGCGCCCGCGAGCAGCAACGGCAGCAGCAGCAGCAGCAGCAGCAGCAGCGGGGGGGGCUGCAGCCUGGGGGGCUGCAGCUGCAGCAGCAGCCGCGGCAGCAGCAGCGGCGAACUCGAGAGCUUCCUGCUGCAGCUGCUGCAGCAGGAAGGCCAGGAAGUGCUGCGGGCCCCCUACCUCGCGCUGCCGCAGCUCGCCUACCUGCUGCAGCAGGGCCUCCUCGAUGCUGCUGUGGGGCCCCCCUCGCUGCUGCUGUUUGGGGCCCCCAAAGUCAUUUGCUGCGUCGACUUUGCGCAAAGUUGCUUCCUGUGGCUGUCUCGGGGGCCCCUGCUGCUGGCCCUCGGGGUGUCUGCUGAGCAGCUGCAAGACGCAUGCCUUUUGGCCGGGACGGACUACUGCUUGACUUUUCCCUACUUGAAUCUGCAGCAGUUCUGCUGCAGCAGCAGCAGCAGCAGCAGCAGCAGCAGCAGCAGCAGCAGCAGCAGCGGCGGCGGGUUCUCCUUCGGCUCCGCAGUCGAGUUCAUCCGCCAGGCACCCAUCAGCAGCUACCUGCAGCAGUUCCCCACUGACAACAUGCGCGCAGAACACAUCGACGGGUACUGCGUGGGGAAGUGCCUGCUGGCGCACCCGCUGGUGCUGAAGGAGACGGGCCGCGUGGAGUUCUUUCAGCCGGCGCUGCAGCAGCAGCAGCAGCAAGCAGCAGCAGCAGCAGCAGCAGCAGCAGCGGGAGCAGCAGGGGGCCCCCCCGGGGGAGGCUCUCCGCACUCGCCGCACCCGCCGCCGCAGCAGCAGCAGCAGCUGCAGCAGCAGCUGCAGCAGCAGCGGCUGCUGCUGCCGCCGAAGGACUUCAGCGCGAUUGUGGGGCUGCGGCUGCCGCCCGCGGUGUACAUACACCUCGCCGAGGGGCUGCUGCCGCGUGCUGCUGCUGCUGCUCUCGCCCAAGGCGAAUAUAACUUCGAAGCAGCAGCAGUGGAUUCUCAAGAACUUGCUGAGGCUUUUGCAGAAACCAUUCAGUACAGAUGCAAGGCCCUUUGUCAGCCUCCUGCUGCUGCUGCUGCUGCUGCUGCUGCUGUGGCUGCUGCUGCUGCUGCUGCUGCUGCUGCUGCUGCUGCUGAUGAUGAUGAUGAGGAGGAGGCGGCCGGGCUGAUAGCGAAGCACCUGCAUGUGACCUUCCAGACGCGGCCCGUGGCCUUCGUGCGCUGCAGCGGGGGAGCAGCAGGAGAAGCAGCAGCAGCAGCAGUUUGUUUGGCCCCCUGCAGCAGCAGCAGCAGCUUGCGGCGGUCCUGGUCCGUGUCUGCUGCUGCUGUUGCUGCUGAGCUGCAGCGGCAGCAGCAAGACACCGUGAGCCUCAAGUUCUGUCUGGAGUGGUUUGCUGCUGCUUCGGAGCAGCAGAAGCAGCAGCUCUGCGGCGCCGCCGACCCCCCCCCCGCAGCAGCAGCAGCAGCAGCAGCAGCAGCAACAGCAGCAGCAGCAGCAGCAGCAGCAGCAGAUCUGCAGAAUGAACGCAAAGCCCUGCAAGCUGCUGUGCUGCUGCAGCUGCUGGAUGCUGCUGGGCUCUUCAGCGAAAGCGGCGGCAGCACUGUCUUUGGCUCCGCUCUUGCUUCUGUGCCUUUUGAGUUUCAGGAAGCAAUGUUUAUUUGUCUGGAGCUGCUGCGGCUGGGCUUUCUGAGCGGAGAUCCUCUGGAGAGUUUGCCGGGGCGUCCCUUCCCUCCGGGUGUACAGACAGCUCUGAUGCAGCCAUAUCCGAGCGAAGCUGCUGCUGCUGCUGCUGCUGCGGGGGGCGCAGCAGCAGCAGCAGCAGCGGGGGGCGGCGCAGCAGCAGCAGCAGCAGCCGGCGCGCGCGACGUGCAGCGCGCGGGGCUGCUGCUGCAGCGCGUGGCCUCGCUGCUGCCGCUGCAGCUGCGGCAGCAGCAACCUUGGCUUGCUGCUGUUUGCAUGGAUCUUUUGGGAUUUAAUUGUCUUGUGAAUUUAAUUCGAAAUGCAUUUCAAGAACUCACGCAGACUGCCCUCGUCGGCAUGCUGCUGCAGCACCCGCACCUAGCGAAGGUGCUGCCGCGGCCAGGAGACGCAGCGUUUGGAUCUUUCUUGCCUUCUUUUGCUGCUAGUGGCUGCUCGCUGGGUUUGGUGUUUCGCUUUUUGCUGCACUACGGGGGGCCCCCAGGUCUUGCUGCUUUCGAGGGGGCUGUUGCUGCUGCUUUUCCUGCUGCUGCAGCGCCGCUGCAGGACCUUUGUGCUGCUGCUGCUCUCUGGGGACACCUUCGAGAAGCAAUUCGGGGCCUCAGUCUUGCUGUUGAUGUUGCUGAACUUUGGACGGAAGUGCAGCAGGCCGACGCGCUGCUGCAGCAGCAGCUGCAGCACACCGGCCUCUGCACCCACAAGGCCUACACCCAUAGGCGCCCCUGA